CCCCAGCUGAGAAGGGAAGCUGAGCAGGCCGGGGGCCCAAGUCGCUGCCUCUGCUCCAGCUAGGAUGUGGCUCUUCCACACUCUGCUCUGCGUGACCAACGUGGCUCCCCUGGUGGCCUUCAAUGUGGAUGUGGCCCGGACCUGGGUGACUCCCGAGGGCAGUGGGCCUUACGUGCUCAGCUCCCUUCUGCACCAAGACCCCAACACCAACCGGACCUGGCUUCUGGUCACCAGCCCUAGGACCAACAGGACAGCAGAGCCCCUGCAUCAAUGCAUCCUCACGCAGAAUGAGAUCCUUUGCCAACCAGUAGAGCAUGUCCCCAUCCCAAAGGGAAGGCACCGUGGAGUGACAGUUGUCCGGAACCACCACGGUGUUUUGAUCUGCAUUCAAGUGGUGGCCCGGCGGCCCCACAGCCUCAGCUCAGAGCUCACAGGCACCUGCAGCCUGCUGGCCCCCGACCUUCGUCCCCAGGCCCAAGUCUCCUUCUCCAACAUCGAAAAUCUCCUGGAUCCCGAGGCUCCCGUGGAUGCUGGAGAUUGCUACAGGAACAAAAAAAGCAGCACAGAGAAUACAGCCAGGCGGCGCCGGGCUCUGAAGAUGGAGGAGGGAGAAGAGGAGGAAGAAGGAGCUGGCACCGAGAUCGCCAUCAUCCUGGAUGGCUCAGGAAGCAUCGAUCCCCCGGACUUCCAGAGAGCCAAAGACUUUAUCUCCAAUAUGAUGAAGAACUUCUAUGAGAAGUGCUUCGAGUGCAGCUUUGCCCUGGUGCAGUACGGGGCAAAGAUCCAGACUGAGUUUGACCUUCGCUACAGCCAGGAUGUGGUGGCCUCCCUCGCCAGAGUCCAGAACAUCACUCAAGUGGGGAAUGUCACGAAGACUGCCUCUGCCAUGCAGCAUGUCCUGGACAACAUCUUCACGCCAAGCCAUGGCUCCAGCAACAAGGCAUCCAAGGUCAUGGUGGUGCUCACUGAUGGGGACAUAUUUGACGACCCCCUCAACCUCACGACUGUCAUCAACUCUCCAAAGAUGCAAGAUGUCGAGCGCUUUGCCAUUGGGGUGGGAGAUGCAUUUAAGAAGGCUAAGACUGAGAGGGAACUGAAGCUGAUUGCCUCGGCCCCCAGUGAGACCCAUGCCUUCAAGGUGACCAACUACACAGCACUGGAUGGGCUACUGAACCAACUGCAGCAAAGCAUCGUUCGUAUGGAAGGCACGGUGGGAGAGGCCCUUCACUACCAGCUGGCACAGGUUGGGUUCAGUGCCCAGAUCCUGGAUGAGGGGAAGGUGCUGCUCGGUGCUGUCGGGGCCUUUGACUGGUCAGGGGGCGCGUUGCUCUAUGACAUUCACAGCCGCCGGGGCCACUUCCUGAACCAGACAGCGGUGGACGCUAAGGCUGGAAAGCACAGCUACCUGGGUUACUCAGUGGCUGUGCUGCAUAAGGCCUGUGGCAUCACCUAUAUGGCAGGGGCUCCACAGCACAAGCAGCGUGGGGCUGUGUUUGAGCUCCAGAAGGAGGGCAGAGAGACCAACUUCAUGCCAGUGCUGGAGGGAGAGCAGAUGGGGUCCUAUUUUGGCUCUGAGCUGUGCCCUGUGGACAUCAACAUGGAUGGAAUCACAGACUUCUUGCUGGUGGCUGCUCCAUUUUACCAUAUUCACGGACAGGAAGGCAGAGUCUAUGUAUACCGUCUGAAUAAGCAGGAUGGCUCCUUCUCCUUGGCACACAUGCUGAGUGGGCACCCCAGGUUCACUAAUGCCCGAUUUGGUUUUGCCAUGGCAACAGUGGGGGAUAUCAGUCAGGAUAAGCUCACAGAUGUGGCCAUCGGGGCCCCCCUGGAGGGCUCUGGGGCAGAUGAUGGCUCCAGCUUUGGCAGCGUGUACAUUUACAACGGACACUGGGACGGCCUCUCUACCAGUCCCUCUCAGCGGAUCAGUGCCUCAUCGGUGGCCUCAGGACUCCACUACUUUGGCAUAUCUGUGGAUGGUGGCUUAGAUUUUAGCGGCGACGGCCUUGCUGACAUCACUGUGGGCACUCUGGGCCGGGCGGCAGUGCUACGCUCAAGACCUGUGAUUCGCCUGAAAGUGUCCAUGACCUUCACCCCCAAAGCGCUGCCCAUUGGCUUCAACAGCAGCGUGAAUGCGUAUUUAUGUUUUGAAAUCAGCUCUGAGACCUCAGCUGCUCAGUCAGGCCUCAGAGAGACAUCUCUGAACUUCACAUUGGACGUGGAUGUGUUGAAGCAGAGGAAAAGACUACGGUGUUCAGACAGAAGAACUUGUCAGAGCUACCUUUGGGAGUGGUCCAAUCUCUGUAAGCCCUUCCUGCUCAUUCCCACAGAGGGAGAGCUCUGUGAAGAGGACUGCUUCUCCAAUAUCAGUGUCAAGGUCAGCUACCAACUUCAGACCCCCAAAGGCCAGAGGGACCAUCUCCACCCUGUCCUGGACCUCUACAGUGAGCCCUCUGCCAUCUUCCAGCUGCCCUAUGAGAAAGCCUGCAAGAAUAAGCUGUUUUGUGUUGCGGAGUUGCAGUUGGCCACCACCACCUCUCAGCAGGAACUGGUGGUGGGUGUCACAAAGGAGCUGACCAUGAACAUUAGCCUAACCAACUCUGGGGAAGAUUCCUACAUGACAAGCAUGGCUUUGAAUUACCCCAGAAACUUACAGUUUAAGAAGAUACAAAAGCCUCCUUCUCCAAACAUUCAGUGUGAUAACCCUGAGACAACUGCUUCUGUCCUGGUCAUGAACUGCAAGAUUGGUCACCCCAUACUCAGGAGGUCAUCUGCAAACUUUUCAGUAGUUUGGCAGCUAGAGGAGAGUGCCUUUCCAAACAGGACAGCUGACAUCUCUGUUAUGAUCACGAAUUUCAAUGAAAGAAGAUCUUUGGUCAGAGAGACCCACAGCCUUCAAUACAGGCAUGCCUUCAUUGCAGUUCUUCCCAAACCAUCAGUGAUGUACAUGAACACAAGCCAGGGGCUUUCUGACCACAAAGAAUUCCUCUUCAAUAUACAUGGGGAAAAUGUCUUUGGAGCCGAAUUCCAGCUUCAAAUCUGUGUUCCAAUCAAAUUACAAGGUCUCCAGCUUAUAAGAGUGAAGAACCUGACAAAGACUCAGGCGUACACUGUGUGCACUCAGAGUCAGGAGCGCGCUUGUGGGAGCGAUCCGGUUCAGCAUGUGGAGGAAUGGCAUUCAGUGAGCUGUGCCAUCACUUCGGAUAAAGAAAAUGUAACCGUAGCUGUGGAGCUCUCCUUGAGUCAGUCUGAGCAGUUACUAAGAGAUGUAACUGAACUGCAGAUCCUUGGUGAAAUAUCCUUCAACAAAUCUCUUUAUGAGGGGCUGAAUGCAGAGAACCAUAAAACUAAGAUCACUGUCAUCUUCCUGAAAGAUGAGACGUACCUUUCUUUGCCUCUGAUCAUUGGAAGCAGUGUUGGUGGCCUUCUGGUUUUGAUUCUCAUUAUAGUCAUCCUAUUCAAGUGUGGCUUUUUUAAAAGAAAAUAUCAACAACUGAACUUGGACAGCAUAAGGAAGGCCCAGCUGAAAUCAGAGAAUCUACUCACAGAAGACUAGAACCAGCUUCCUCAUUCAUUGAGAGAGAAUAUCAACCAGUCCUCGAACUUCUAGAGACUUGACGUCAUACUAAUUACUUUUUCCUUCAGGAUGAUCAAGAGAAGAGUCUAAGAAAUUGUUUGUAGACUAUUGUUUUUUAAUAAUACAUUGUCUCAAAAGUGCCUCCAUUUUGUGAAAAAUAAAUUUGAGAAACAUUUGGUGUUAAAUAGUGUUAAACUGUAUUCUUUAUGGAAGUGCUUUUAAUAUGCAAAUAUAAUAUACUUUGUGAUUUUUUUUCCUCCAAGAGGAGGUUAUACAGCAUUUCCCAACCUUAUUUGCCUGAGAAUUCUUUUUUCUUGGCAUUACUAUUAACAUCUCCCAAAAUAGUGUUCUAUGAAAUACAUCUUGGGAAGGCAGUAGUUAUAAGCAAUUCCUAGACUGGUAUUUUCAAGAUCCUAAGAUCUUGUUGCCUACUAUUUCAAAUCAGGCCAUGAAAAACUACUCUAGAACAAAUAUAAAAAGUAGAAAAACAAAAGUCAUCAAAUAGGAACUAGGGAGGGAGAAGAAAAUAAGACCAGGAUUUUGUUCUGUAAUUUCAUUUUUAUUGUAUGUAUGAAUAUGUCUCCUAAAUAAUACUGUGCCAGUCCUUUACUGGCUUCCUGCUUAGUUGCUCAGGGAGACUUUCAUUCCUUAGUAAAUACUGUCACCAGGAGAGAGCACUUGUCCACAGCAGGAGACGGAACCUGGCCUGGGAGUUGGAGGCACAGAGAUUAAGGCUUAUUUACAGGCCGGCUUGGCUCUUAAUAUCUUAUUUUUACGGCCCAUGCUGUUAAAGCUUGACAUCUCCCCACUCCUGAGAACAGUCUUUGUUUUCAUGGAUUAUAAAAAUCAUUGCAAAAACUUAAAUGGUGCAGAAGUAUGUAAUAUAGAAAGUAAUCUGUGUAAUCAGUCUUUAUCUAAUUCAGAUGAUUUCAUUAUUAUUUCUUUUGAAUUUUAAUUCUUUGACAUUUAUGUGUAUACAGAUGUGAAUUAAGGAUUUAACCUAAGCGGUUUUUUUUUUUUUUCCUCAGAAGCGUAACUACUUUCACAGCACCACUUACUGAAAUACUUAACUACCUUCUCUGCUUAUCCACGCUUUCUGUAUCACAGGGGCUGGAAAGCUUUAAACAUUUCCUAGACUGCCUUGCAGUGGGCUUCUAGUUUAGGUUUUGCCAGUGAGAAGGUUUGCAUGAGACUAGAAGGUGGACAGAUGGGAGAAGGCUUUCUUCUGGUUCUGGAAGUGGUGGUGGCAGAUGAGUACAAGCCCCCGAGCAGCGGCAUGACAGUGGGCUCCAGCAGUGGUGGUGGCUUCCUGCAACUCCUGACCCGACCUCUGGGUGAUACCAGCUCUCCUGUUUUUAUUUUGCAGCCCUUUCAACAAAUUUGAAACUAAUUUUCUGUAUUAAACCCUUUUCUGCUUGAAAUACCUAGAGUGGUUUCUGUUUUCUUGAUGAUCUUGAGUCUAGUAUUCCAAAUGAAUAACAGUUGUCUCUAUCAUUUAGUGAAGUGCUCAUUGAUGAUUUGAGAUUCUGCUUUUGCCAGUUAUGAAGUUCACAUAUAUGUCCAUAUAUGAAUUCUGGAAAUUUAGUUUUGUUUCAUGGAUCUGUUUGUUCCUGUAUCAGUACCACAAUUGAAAGCUCAAAUUUUUUAUCAUUAUGCAAAUGAUAAAUUCGAAACAGCACAACGAUGUCCAAAAAACAAAACGUCUCUCUUUUCCCAUAUCUAAUCUCCCUGUCCAAAAGCGACCACUGUUAAUAGUUUUUCAGGUAUUUUAAAAUAUUUCUAUGCAUAUAUCAACAUAAAAUUUUUUAAAUAUACAAAUGGCAUUAAAUUGU